GGGGGGAAAGAAAAGCAGAACAGCAAGGCAGAACGAGCAGAAACAUACAGUAGCAGACAGACUGACUGACUCCUUCAGCUGCUGAACCGAGUGGAAGCGUAUUUUCCCUGGUAAUUGCUGGAUGUCUGUGUGCUAAUUCUAACAUGAAGAUGCUGGGGAUUUUUCUGUUGCUGGAGGUUUCAGGCUUCUUUCCCAUUUUUUCCAGCCCUUCCCGUCCAGUCAAUUGCCAUUGGAAUUCUUUUGGCCCUUGGUCCGAGUGUGAUGGCUGUACCCACAAACAGGUUCGAAGACGGACAGUAGCGGUUUAUGGGCAGUAUGGGGGAAACCCCUGCUCUGGUGAUGCCUUUGAAACAAGACCCUGCACCCCAACAAGGGGAUGCCCAACAGAGGAUGGCUGUGGCGAUCGGUUCAGAUGCUCUUCAGGCCAGUGUAUUAGCAGAUCUCUCGUGUGCAAUGGAGAUCAGGAUUGUGAAGAAGAUGGUACUGAUGAAGAUCAGUGUGAGGAGAAGUUGACUGUAUGUGAUACUGAUAAAACACCUCCAAAUUCAGAACUUACAGGACAAGGCUUUGAUGCAGUCACUGGAGAGACUAGGGGAAGAGUUAUUCAUACAAAAAACUUUGGAGGACAAUGCAGAAAAGUCUUCAGUGGUGAUGGGAGAGAAUACUACAGGCUGAGUGAAAGUGUUCUUGCUUAUACCUUCCAGGUUAAAAUUCAGAAUGAUUUCAGUUAUGAAUUUUUCAACAGUAGCUGGUCAUAUAUGAAGCACACAGAAAAGAAGAAAAAAUCAAACAGUGGCCACAGUUAUUCGGAGAAGAAAAAUGAGCAACAGAGCCGUAAGAGUAGACAUCUGAUGGUUGUUGAGAACACUGUGGAAGUUGCUCAAUUUAUUAACAACAACCCAGAGUUUCUCACUCUUGCGGAACCAUUCUGGAAGGAGCUCGCCAACCUUCCAGUCUUCUAUGAUUACAGUGCCUACCGAAGAUUUAUUGAGAAUUUUGGGACUCAUUUCUUACACUCUGGAUCUCUAGGAGGACAAUACAAAGUUAUAUUUUAUAUGGAUACCGACAAAAUGAAAGCAGAAGAUAUGAGCAUAACAGAUAUGUAUCAGUGUACCACAUCAGGCUGGAACUUCUUCAUUGUGAAGAAGAAGAAAACAAAGUGCUCCAAGCUGGAUGAACUGCUACAGACUUCUUCAGGAAGCAGUGGCAGUAAGAUUAGAGGAGAUCCAUACAUAGAAGGUGGAAGCCCAAGUGCUGUUGCUGGCCUUAGUUAUCUGGACCUGGAUGAUCCUGCUGGGAACAAUCAGAGAUACUCCACUUGGGCCAGAUCUGUGACAGACUACCCCAGAGUAAUUAAACAAAAACUAACACCAUUAUACGAGCUGGUAAAGGAAGUACCCUGCUCCUCAGUCAAAAAACAUUAUCUAAAGCAAUCCAUUGAAGAAUAUAUGGCUGAAAAUGAUCCCUGCAAAUGUCAGCCAUGCCAGAAUGGGGGUGAGGCAGCUGUGGAAGGAACUCAGUGCACGUGCUACUGCAAGCCUUACACAUUUGGAGCAGCCUGUGAGCUGGGAACUCUCGUGCAAGAUCAGCCAGGUGUUGUUGAUGGACACUGGAGUUGCUGGUCUUCCUGGAGCUCUUGUUCAGGGGAAAGGAAAGCCAGGAGCAGAACGUGCAACAACCCCUCCCCAAGUGGCGGAGGGAAGGACUGCAUAGGAGAGCAGCAUGAGAGCAGGCCCUGUGAGGAUGAAGAGCUGCAGCACUUUCGCUUUAUUGAGCCACACUGUUUUGAUACAUCCAUAACUCCUACAGAAUUCUGUUCACCUCCUCCUGUCUUGGCAAAUGGAUUUGUUCGAAAUGCUGAAAACUCAUAUCCUGUUGGGAAAACCAUUGUUUAUGCUUGCAGACAUGGAUAUGCUCUCAUUGGUAAUCCUGUUGCUAAGUGUGGCAGUAAUUUGGAGUGGCAAGGCGGAGACAGAUAUUGCCAGGAAACUUCUUGCCUCCUGCCUCUCUUGGAAGGGGGGCUGCAAGGAGAGCCAUGGAAACCUUCAUACGAGAUUGGUGAGAGAAUAACUCUGUCCUGUCCACAUGGCAUGCAUCUAGAAGGGGCAGACUCCAUUUUGUGCGAGCCCAGUCUCAAGUGGACUCCUGACAUGAAAACCAUCCAGUGCAAAAAGGCAGUUCCCAGUGUGAAACCAGAAGUGACAGAGCCUAAAUGUCAGCCAUGGGAGAAAGUGCAGCAGUCGCAAUGUGUGUGCAAAUUGCCCUAUGAGUGUGGUCCUUCCCUGGACAUCUGUGCCACAGAUCCAAGAACAGAGAGGAGCGUACAUUUAACUGUUUGCAAGAUGUAUGCCUUAGAGUGUAUGGGUAGAAAAUACUCUCUUACUAAUGCAGCAAACUGCAAAGCACGUCAGGCAGCUGAGAGAUCAUGUGGGUCAUGCUGCUCAUGGGAGAAAUGUGAAGCGCGAUCCAACAGCUGUGUGUGUGACGAAGACGCGCCAUGCGAGGAGGGCGGCAUCCGGGUCUGUGCUGCCGUGAGCGACUUCAGUGCCCACCAGACCAUGACAGAGUGCGAGGUCGGGCGGCUCCAGUGCCGCGGGCAGACUGUCACCAUCGUCAGCAUCAGGCCUUGUGAUGCGCAGACCAAAUGAGAUGUGUUAUGGUUCAUUUUGUUUAUUGCCAUGGGAUAGGUCAAAAUGUGUCAACUCUUGGGCAGGACAUACUUCAAACCAUGCUCUAUCAAAUACAGGCUGUGCUGUGAAGCCCACUGCAGCCCAUGGGGCUGUGUGCAUUGGCUCUGGUCGCACUGCCCAGGGCCCUUCGUUAGGCAGAGCCGCACUCUCUGAUGAUCCAAAGGCUCUUGGCUUAGGCCCCAAGCUUAGCACUGGCAAGUUUUGUUUGCAUUCCUGUCACAAUUAAGAAGUGUUCCUGAACUGCAAUCGCCAAAGCAGUGAUGGAUUACACUAUAUAGCAUGGCAAAUGCAUUUUUCUGAGAGCAGCACAACUAUACACAUUUGCUGACUAGAUAGAGUUUCUUAGAAAAAGAAUAGGCUUUACAAAAUAAGACAUACGACUCUUCACUUUUAAUAGAGUAACUUCUUCCUGCUGUGCUUCAUUCAGCUGUGCAAACAGCAUCUAUAGCAUUGAACCUGUUGCUGAGCCUGAAGCUUUUAAAGGUCAAAACAAUGUGCAUUAAAAGCAAAGUCAGCUUUAAGUAAUGAGAAGAAUGUCUUUGCUCAGUUUCUUCUACACAGAAGCACUUCAAGAAAAAUCACCAUUUUACACUGUUCUAGCUAUCACCAUGAGCUACAUUUCUAAGCGCAGAUAACUGCAUCACAUUUGUCACAUAUAUUUAUGCUUGUGCCAAUACCUGUUUGCUCACAGACCAUUGCAUAGGGAAGUCUACCAUGGCACAUCUUUCUCAGAGGGACCUAUUAGGGAAAAUACAUUCUUGCAGGCAUGGAGAGAGCAUACGAUCCCUUGGAGACAACCUUGGAAGAAAGACAGUUACUAAAAGCAAGGAGUCAUCAGGCAGUGACACCUUUGCUCACCAAGGUUGAAUCUUGCAAGUCAGCUGAGGUGCCCCUCUCGACUGCCCUUUCAAAGGAUGGCUGCAAUGACAAAGGGGUGGGUGGUGAGCAGGAGGCUGAGUGACCAAGCGAGUGCAGCGCUAUCAGCAGGAAGCUUGUGUGCUUUGUAAGUAACAGAUGUUGUUUCUUACUAUCAAUAAAUGCCUACCAGAAUAUA